AGGCUGAACCUUCCAGAGGCUACGAUGGUUUACUUACGUCACGUCGUCAAGUGAAAAACGUGCGCAUGGGAAAGCGUUGUUGUACAACGUUUGCUAAUCAAAGAGCCGUCGUUAUUUCAAGAAUCUGUCGUUUCAGAGAUCUAUUUCUACGACAGAACGAAGCUGUAAAUAUUAUAUGAGGCAAUGGCUAGCAGACCAAAUUCAUCGGUUAAUAUUGCUGUUGCCGCAAUUGAUUUCGGAACAACAUGCACCGGAUACGCAUACUAUUUGAGAAAGGACAAGAAAAAGGGCAGUUCCCUUCGCAGUAUCAACACAGAACAGGCUUGGGAAGGAACCUCUGAAAUGGGUCUUCAAGCGCCAACUACGGUACUCUUUGAUAAAAACGGGAAAUUUAGUUACUUCGGGUUUGAAGCGGAGACAAAAUACAAGUCACUAACUGCCACAAAUGAACAUAAAGGAUGGUAUUAUUUCCGAUAUUUUAAAAUGAAAUUACACCAUGAAAGGGACUUGAGCCAUGACAUGUUGAUGGAGGACAGCGAGGGAAAACCGUUCAAAUCCAUUCGUGUUUUUACUGCGGCUAUCGGAUAUAUAAAAUCACAUUUAAUGAAAAAGCUGCAGAAUGCCUUAGCUUUCGGGGUAGAAGAAAAGGAUGUUAUGUGGGUAAUCACAGUACCAGCCAUAUGGAGAGAUUCGGCUAAACAAUUUAUGAGGGAAGCGGCUAAAGCGGCUGGUAUUCCUAAUGAAAAUCUCAAGCUUGCGUUGGAACCGGAAUCAGCAGCCAUUUUCUGCAAGGAACAAGCGAUAAACAAAGCUGACGGAAUGGAUGGAACGUUUCUAUCUGCCUUCAACCCAGGACAGAAAUACCUUGUUGCUGAUCUUGGAGGAGGAACCUUAGAUACAACAGUACAUGAAGUUUUACCAGACGGUUUGUUAAAAGAGCUGCAUGCUGCAACUGGUGGUGCUUGGGGAGGACAAGUGGUAAACGAAGCUUUCGAAGACCUAAUAAAAGACCUAGUUGGAAAUGACGUAUUUAGAAAGUUUUGCACGGAAAAGACCAACAAUUGGAUUACACUGCAAAAGAGCUUCGAAUGCCGAAAACGAGAAUUUACAUCACACACUGAAACAUCAGACAUUGAUAUUCCGAGGGGAUUGGCAGACAUCUAUAAAGACAUUACCGGAAAAGAACUAAAGAAUGAAAGGUUAAUACAUAAUAUAAAGAUAGUAGGGGAUGGCGACAUUCUGAGACUGCCACCAGAAGUGAUGAAAGGUUUGUUUGCAAAGGCAACUGAUAAAAUUGUACAGCACAUUGAACAACUCUUAAAAAACAAGGAAAUUAGAGGCGUUUCAUCUAUUCUCCUUGUAGGAGGAUUCUCUGAGUCACAGAUCGUUAGUAAAUCAAUUAGAGAUUAUUUUCAAAAAUUAAAGGUGAUUGCCCCAGGCUCGUCAAGUUCCGCCAUAUUGCUGGGAGCAGUGAUGUAUGGUAUCAAUGACAAAAUCAUAGCCUCCAGGAUAAGUCCGUACACGUACGGCAUACAUACAAGGCGGAAGUUUGACAAGAAGAUACAUCCAAAAAAACGUAUGGUCCAGCUUGAAGGUCGACAGGUCGUUAACAACGCCUUUUGCAAACAAAUAGAAAAGGGAGAAACCGUUUACGUAGGAAGAGAUACCAAAGGUACGUCUUUUACUGUCAUUAACCGAAACAAUCCGCUUGUAUUUUGGAAAGUUUGUCAGACAGAUGACGUUGCUCCUGUAUUCUGUGACGAUACCGGUUGCAGCUGCAUUGGACAACUAUCUGUCAGGAUUCCGGAACAUAUCACAGACACAAAAAUAGGGAUGAGAGUUUACAUGACAUGUCAGGGGACAGAACUACAGGCAACCGUCAGUCUUCCAGCUCACAAGAUUACUGUCGAUGGUACAUUCAAUUUUUUGGACAAAGAUUACCAGUAUUCUGGUGACUCGAUAGAAGAUUAACAAUCUCAGAUGACUAUUAUUUUAUAGUCGUCAAAUGAUUUUAAUAUGCUAUGCUAUGAAUAGUUCAAUUUACCUGUUGAUUUGUAUUAAGAUUCGCUGAAGAAGUCACAUAUUCUUCUUUCGGUUUAUCAACAUUAGAAAGUGCAUAGAAAAAUGACCAAUAUGAACAUAAGAGAUGCACAGACAUCGCCCAGCUUAACUGUCUGAUAUAUGCGAACGUUCAUGAUUUGAGAACGAAAUAGCAGAUACUACGACUUUUCAUUGUAACAAUGUGGAUAUUAUUCAAAAUGCGGUUCAAAGCGUGAAAAUUGCAGUAAGGUAAAUGUAAACGAACUGCAAUAACUUUGAACAUGAUCCCUGCAUAGUGCCGUAUCUAUUUCUAAUCUUGCGAAGGGCAAAAGAUAAAAGGUAAGGGUAGAUUUCCCGAAAUUACAGAGCACCACAAACACAGGCAUAGACACGUCACCAGAAAAGAACAUCUUCGUCGUAUUCUACCAUGAACAAUCUGGAAAAUAACACAAAACAAACAAAUCAUUUUUAACUUACACAAACGGACACACCUUUCGUUUUUCACUUAUUUUAAAAAGUAGAAAACAAAGAAAAGAUAAAAUGCACAUUUGUUCUCGUUGUCUGUUAAAACAUAGGUGCAUCUUUUCUAUUCUCAAUUCACUAGGUAAGUAACGAAGUUAAAAGACUCGCAGAUAUAUACAAUUAUCUUUAGUCAUAAUUCCUACAGAAUCUUUGGAUAGAAGAAAGGAAAUAUUAAUAUUAUUGUUUUGUUUUGUGUGAUACAUCUUAAUCUUAAGUAAUGUAGAUAAUUUAUCUGAUAAAAUUGGUUUUGAAUAUUGGUCAUAUUAUCUAAAGUCUUUAUAAUUUGCCAAAUUAAUUCAUGUAUUAUUCGUUAAAUCACUUCUAUAAUUAUCCGGGCGCAAGUACCUUCUCUUUAAAUACUGAUGCUUAGUUAAAAUCAGAUUGUACCCAUCAAGAUUGCUGUCAUAUCUUAAUAAAAACUUUGUUGACUGUU